CCAAGGGGCUGUGCUCAGCUCGGACGUCCUCUCUCGGGUGGGUCAGAGCUUUUCAGGCUUUGGCGCCGACCAUUGGGACCUUGUGCACAAGGCCUCGGACUGUAAUACUCUUUAUGAUAAGAGUAUCGAACUUACUGCCGCGGCCCUUGUCGUUUCAGCACAGCUUAACUAUAAGCUGACUAACGAGGUGCACACGAGCAUGUCUCUGGCCCAAAAGUCGAAGGAUCUCCAACUUAAGAUGGCUGACGAACUCAAGGACUCGAAGACCGAACUUGAAAAAGUGAAGACCCGUCUCGUAGAGCUGGAGAAGACGAAAGCCGAGCUUGAACAGGCAAAGACUCGUCUUGCCGAGCUUGAGAAGGCCAAUGCUAAGCUCAAGGAGGAUAAAGCUGCUACCUUCGACAUCAUGGAAAGCGAGAAGGCCCGCCUCCUGGACGAGUUUAAAGAGCAGAAGGAGAAGGCGAUCGACCAGGCCAUGUACAAAAUUUGGGUUGAUAAUGCCGACCUCGACACCAGCUUCCUGGGUCCUCUCGAGGCCAAGUAUGUAGAGCGGUGGAAUGCCCGUCUUGAGGGUCAUUAUCAGGAGCGGAAGCGGAAGUAA